AUGUUCUUCCUCAAGUACCUCGAACGCGAGAUCUCGAUCCAUCCGUCGUUCUUCGGCCGCGAGAUGGAAGACAGACUCCGCGAGCGUCUUUUCGCUGAUAUGGAGGGGAGUUGUAAUGGCGAAUACUACAUCAUCUGUGUGAUUGACAUCUACAACAUUUCACCCGGCCGAGUCAAACCUGGUCGCGGUGAGGCCAAUUUCACGAUCAACUAUCGCGCGAUCUUGUGGAAGCCAUUCAAGGGUGAAACGCUCGACUGCGCCGUAACCAAUGUCAAGCCUCAGGGUGUCUUCUGCGAUGCUGGCCCGCUCACCGUCUUUGUCUCGAAGUUGCACCUACCUGCCGAUAUGAAGCACAAUCCAGAUGCACCCAACCCGCAAUUCUCAAAUGCGGCUGGUGACAGCAUUGAGAAGGGUUCUGCUGUGCGCGUGCAGCUGAUCGGGCUGCGAAGUGAUGUGGGUCAAAUGUUCGCCAUUGGAAAGAUGUCGGCGAAUUGGUUUGGGUGA